AAAAUCCCAUCGUUCCCUUCUCAGUUCUCACAACCCAACCCAGUCCAGAUCCAGAUUCCCUAUCCUCACCCUGCUCCUGCGAAUCUGCUGCUAUCCCCAACCCCAAUCCAAUCCAAGACCAAUAGCAACAGGGACACAUCAUGAGCGCCAUGGUGGCGUCGUCGCUCAACCCGGAGGCCCCGCUCUUCAUCCCGGCAGCGUUCCAGCAGGUGGAGGACUUCUCGCCGCAGUGGUGGGACCUCGUCAAGUCCACCGCCUGGUUUCGCGACCACUGGUACCACCAGCACCAGCAGCUCGACGCCAUGGCCGACUCCCUCGUCGCCUUCGAGGCCGAGGACGCCAUCCACGACGACCUCUUGCACGGCUUCGCUGUCGUCGUCGAGGCUUCGCAGCCGCACCCGCCAGCGGCACUCAAGACUGACGGGGUGCUCAAGGCGCUGAGCCUGGCGUCCCCAAGCCCAAAGGGCGCCGACGCCCUGCGUGGCCUCUCGGAGAAGCCUAGGUACACCGAGAAGCCCACCAAGUACGCCGGCAGCCCGAGGAGCGGUGGCGCGCCGCGCUUCAUCCACCAGCUAGCCUCGCUAGGUCGGGAUGUCAAGCUUCACGAAUCGACCAAAUCCCGCGCCUUGUGAUGUGCCAUGCUCUGGCUGCUGCCGUGCCGCCGUCUCAUCUUUCAAGUCUUCUUCUAGUAUACUGUAGUAAGUAGUGGUGUCAGUUUGUAUAUUAUAUUGAGUAGAAAUGAAAUGACCCAAGAAAAAGGCAACAAAAUGCAACCCAUGUUUAGUGUGAUUUGCCUUGUAGGUUAUGUUCUGCAUGCUCAGUGUGUUGGACAAGAAUGUAUAGUAGAAUGCACCCUUGUUAUUGCGUGGCCAAGCAGCUUAAUGUUAAUUAA